AUGGGUCGAGGACGAGCGCCCUGCUGCGCGAAGGUCGGCCUGAACAAGGGUUCAUGGACGCAGGAAGAGGACCUGAGACUGAUAGCCUACAUCCAGAAGCACGGGCACGGGAAUUGGCGUGCUCUUCCUAAACUUGCAGGCCUGCUGCGAUGCGGGAAGAGCUGCCGCUUGAGGUGGAUCAACUACCUUCGCCCCGACAUCAAGCGUGGUAACUUCACAAAGGAAGAAGAAGAUACCAUAAUUAAUCUACACAAGUUGCUGGGAAACAAGUGGUCGAAGAUCGCGUCCUGCCUGCCGGGAAGAACAGACAACGAGAUCAAGAACGUGUGGAACACGCACUUGAAGAAGAGGUUGGCAUCCGAAGAGCGGAGAUCGAUGUCGGUCGACAAACCAGACGACUCUCAGAGCUCAUCUUCCUCGAGCACGUACCUCUCGUGCUAUGCUCAUGUGGAGAAAGAUGAUCCAAGUUUAGACUUAGCUGAUCUGUCAAUCGAAAUGUUUGAGCUCCCAAUGGAUAUAUGGGGGUCGCCACAGCAGGAGGAUGGCACAGGAGACGAGAGCUCCAAAGUUUCUCCUUGCUCUUCUUCAUCAGAUGCCAUGAAAGAUUUCUUAGUGACACCUGAUGCGGUGAUCCAGCUGGAAUCUCUGAGUCCAUGGCAGGAGGAGGCGGCGGCCAUGGCGGAGCUGACUCAGAGGAAUUCAGUAGAGGCGGCGGAAGGAGAAGACAAGAGCUUGGAAUGGCUGGAAUACUUGGAGAAGGAGCUCGGCUUAUGUGGAGCAAGCGAGGAGAUGAAUCAAGGGAGCUUCGUGAGGGAUGCAGCCGAGCAAACGGAGAUGGAGGAAGAUCCAGUGUCGAGUUAUUUCCAGAAGGAGCUGACUUCCACAUACCCUCUUGACUUGAGAUUAUCUUAGUACCUUAACGCCGAAAGCGUCUCCGUGCAUUGUCACAAAGUGGAGAGAUCUGUUUGCCACUGCUAUACUCUACUAAAAGACAUUAGCAGCUCGUCAUUUUGAGGAUAAAGAUACAUGUAAUGGUUAAAUAUACGUUGAAGAGUU